UGCUUAAAGUCACAUUUAUCCCACUGUACUGUAAUUAUGUGUUUGAGUGUCUGUCUGCCCAAGCAGAUAUGAACUUCUCCCAGCAGAGAAACCAAGUUUCUGACUCACGUUUGGAGCCUCAGGACCCAGCACGGGGCAUGGCACCACAUGUGUACGGGUAAUGACUAUCUAAAAUGAGUCAGUAAGUUAAUGAAGGAGUAAGUCAGUGAGUGAACAGACCAAGAAGGAAGAAUAGAUACACCUGAACCGGUGCGCGUGGGAUUGGGUCCCGCCCCGCCCCCAACACAUGGAACUACAUUUCCCAGAAGACCCCGCGACCUGGGCAUGCGCACUGGAGAGCUAGGAAGCUGCGACGCCGAGUUUCACUCUGGCUGCCUCCUCAGAGUCGGAGCUUCAGCCGGAGCGGUGCCCAGGCCGGCCCGAGCUGCAGCCCCAGCGCGGCGGUGCCCUCACCCGGCCCCCUCGUCUUCCUCAGCCUCGGUGCCCUGGAAUUUGUGUUGCUGAGUCAGCAAGGCUUUCCGAUUUGCUCGGUUUUUGUUGUUUGCAUUUUAUAUCAAGAUGGGAACUCAAACAAGUCAUUCCUCCUAAGGAUCUAGUGUCUCUGUCAAGAAGGGACAGUUUGUGCCAGCUCUCCAGAGAGAAAAGGUGGGAGAAAGCAAACUUGGAGAGCUUAGGUACCUUCGUCAAGAUGAUACAGUCUGCUGGAAGCACUGGGCAAUGAUCCUGAGACUCCAACCCAGAGUGGUCUGAAAGCAUUUGGGAAAGAAGAGGGAAUCUUGGGGAAGAUGGCCAUGGCCCCAAGCCCUUCCCUGGCUCAGGUGUACACCAGUCCCGUGGCAGUGGCUGUGUGGGAAUGGCAGGAUGGGCUGGGCACCUGGCAUCCCUACAGUGCCACCGUCUGCAGCUACAUUGAGCAGCAGUUUGUCCAGCAGAAAGGCCAGCGCUUCGGGCUGGGGAGCCUGGCCCACAGCAUCCCCUUAGGCCAAGCUGACCCCUCGCUGGCGCCUUAUAUCAUUGACCUCCCCAGCUGGACCCAGUUCCGCCAGGACACUGGCACCAUGCGGGCUGUGCGCAGGCACCUGUUCCCCCAGCAGUCGGCCCCCGGCCGGGGCAUUGUCUGGGAGUGGCUGAGUGACGACGGUUCCUGGACGGCUUAUGAAGCCAGUGUCUGUGACUUCCUGGAGCAACAGAUGGCCAGGGGCAACCAACUUGUGGACUUGGCUCCCCUGGGGUACAACUAUACCGUCAACUAUGCCACUCACACGCAGACCAACAAAACUUCAAGCUUCUGCCGCAGUGUGCGGCGCCAAGCAGGAACCCCGUACCCAGUGACCACCAUCAUUGCUCCACCAGGCCACACGGGAGUUGCCUGCUCUUGCCAUCAGUGCCUCAGUGGUGGUGGAACUGGCCCGGUGUCAGGCCGCUACCGCCACUCCAUGACCAACCUCCCUGCGUACCCUGUCCCUCAGCCCCCCCACAGGACCGCCAUUGUCUUUGGGGCCCACCAGGCCUUUGCUCCAUACAGCAAGCCCUCCCUCUCUGGGGCUAGGUCUGCACCCAGGCUGAACACCGCCAACCCCUGGGGUGGGGCGCCCCCCUCCCUGGGGAGCCAGCCCCUCUACCGCUCCAGCCUCUCCCACCUGGGACUGCAGCACCAGCCCCCAGGAUUGUCCACUGCCAGUGGAGCCAGUGCCUCCCUCCCCAGCGGUCCUGUGAGCAGUCCUGGGAGCAUCCCUGCCGCAGUGCCCAUGCAGAUGCAGAUGCCGAAGCCCAGCCGGGUCCAGCAAGCCCUUGCAGGCAUGACGAGUAUUCUGAUGUCAGCCAUUGGACUCCCUGUGUGUCUUAGCCGCGCACCCCAGCCUGCCAGCCCUCCCGCCUCCUGUCUGGCCUCUAAAAGUCACAGCUCAGUUAAGAGAUUGAGGAAAAUGUCCAUGAAAGGAGGGACUCCAAAGCCAGAGCCAGAACAGGUGAUAAAAAAAUAUACGGAAGAGCUGAAAAUGGCCUCAGAUGAGGACUGCAUCAUCUGUAUGGAGAAACUGUCCGUGGUGUCCGGGUACAGCGACGUGACCCACAGCAAGACCAUUGGGCCAGUGGCAGUGGGCCGCCUUGCCAAGUGCAGCCAUGCCUUCCACCUGCUGUGUCUGCUGGCUAUGUACUGCAAUGGGAACAAGGACGGAAGUUUGCAGUGUCCUUCCUGCAAAACCAUCUAUGGAGAGAAAACUGGGACCCAACCCCGGGGCAAGAUGGAGGUGUUCAAGUUCCAAGUAUCCCUCCCUGGCCAUGAGGACUGCGGGACAAUACUCAUAGUUUACAACAUUCCUCACGGCAUCCAGGGCCCGGAGCACCCCAACCCUGGGAAGCCGUUCACUGCCAGGGGGUUUCCCCGCCAGUGCUACCUUCCAGACAAUGCCCAGGGCCGCAAGGUCCUGGAACUGCUGAAGGUAGCCUGGAAGAGGCGACUUAUCUUCACAGUAGGGACUUCCAGCACCACAGGAGAGACGGACACAGUGGUGUGGAAUGAGAUCCACCACAAGACAGAGAUGGACCGCAACGUGACAGGCCACGGCUACCCUGACCCCAACUACCUGCAGAAUGUGCUGGCUGAGCUGGCUGCCCAGGGAGUGACUGAGGACUGCCUGGAGCAGCCGUGACUCCCCAACCUGGCCAGCCCCCUCCCCUCCCUACCAUGCCUGCCUCUGGCCACCAGCCACCCUCUACCCACACCGCCAGCUGGGCUGCCCCUGGUAUGGGCGGGCAGGAAGGUGCCUUUCCUCAGAGGCUGCGGUGUGUGUUGGGGGCCUGCCUUCUGCCGCCUCCUCCCCUCCAGGCCUGGAUGUGUGUGGGAGUUGGGCAAGCCUGGGGAGUUGUACUCGUGGGGGCUUAAGAUGCAGCUACCUCAGUGUGUGGGGCCCUGCCCUGGGCAGGCGGCUUUGGGUUCAUAGUGCCGGGGGCCUGGUGUGGGGUGAGGCCAGACUGCCCCAUCAUGGCCUGGGCAGGCGUGGGUUCCGGGUCAGCUUCUCAUACCUCAGACAUUCUGUUUGCAAUAAAUGCCAUAUAGCCAAA